GUAACAACGAUCAUUCAGGUCGAGCGUAUCAUUUCCCAGACAGGACAGCCUCGAUCCUGUCGACUGCGCUGCCGCGCCUGACUACUGUUGCCAGUAACGGAAACAUUAACAGCUUGGUGGUAGCACAAAAUACUCCAUGCCAGUCCCGUCGAUAUGUAGUCCAAUCAAUCGAUCAAUCAGCAUUGGUCCUUUUCAUCCCCCAACCCCGCACGAAUGCUAUCGCGCAGCUCUUGGCAGUGGUCGAUUACACGGUACCGGGAUAGCAAGCAAGGGCGUGGAUGAUUGGAAGCCUUGGAGGUCUUUUUGCUGUCAAUCACUGGCAGGAUUCAUCACCUGUCGUCUCGGGUCAAAACGUCUCAAACCAUACCAAGAUACCAAGUAAUUGAGUGGUGCUUGACACCUUCCAAAUCUGACACUCCAUUACCUGAGGCCAAGGCAAAGUGGCAUACCAACAACAGAAGGCACGGGAGGUGAGAAAAAAAUAAAAUAAAAAGCUUACUCGUCGCCACGGCGCCUUAUCAGUUAGCGGCUUGUCGGCCAAAAAGUGCUCGCUUUCUUUGCCUGGAUUUCUUACCCAUGAUUCGAGGUUGGUCUAGGUUCUCUUGUCAAAAUGGAGUGAGCAUCUUGGUGCUUGCUUAGCUGUUUUAUGGACUUAUCUAUUUAUCAAAAUGUCGACUGAUCGAUCACUUCAACCAACAUCCCAAGCUUGAGCCAUUCCACGCCUCAUACAACGUUCCAUCCUGGCAGCUCCAGAACAUGGAUGGAUGGCUGCUGUACUUUGUACAUCUUACAUCAGGACAGUGAUAGGCGGUGCAACCACUAUCUAUCAAAGAAAUACCCAUAAAACGCCUCUCUUGGCACUUUCUCACGCGACGACCCCUUCAUGUUCUUUUGGGCAAAGAUUCUGAUUUCUUCUGCACUUCCAUGUUCGCCAAGAUGCAAGAAUGUAACCCACUCCACCCAACACCAGAGGUUCGGUGAUACGGCAAGCGGCAACCGGGUGGCGGGUAUGGUACUGGCGUGUAGCACCGCGUCUGGUACAAAACCCUUCGACACGGCUGUUUCUCAUUCUAUCUGCCACUUGCUUUCCUGGGAUCCCCCUUGAUCUGCAUGAGCCAACAAGCAAAGAGAGACGUUGCUGUCAGAUCUGGACAAGGCGACUUCACCACAAGCACUUUAUUCCUAAAGGCGUGCCAGUGACAGUGCACAUAAGCAGAUCGUCUCGCAACAAUGUCGACCGCUCCGGAGCUCGACUUGGCCGAGGCGGCCAGGGCGCAUGCGCCUAGCACGGCCAAAGAAGGCAUGACCACUAGGGGAUCAACCGAGUCCCUCAGGGCCGUCGAGGGCGAGAUUUAUCCCACAGAGGAGGAGUUCGCGACUCUCCGCCGUGUUCAUGGCAAAGUCAGCUGGCUGAUCUACACUAUUGGUUUGGUUGAGAUGUGCGAGCGUUUUGCGUACUAUGGUACCACAGCUGUCUUCGUCAACUUCAUUGCCUAUCCCCUCCCUGAAGGCUCCACAACUGGUGCUGGAGGCACCGACAGACAGGCUGGUGCCUUGGGUCUUGGUCAACAGGCAUCCACCUCGUUGACGCUCUUCAACGCCUUCUGGUCCUACUUCAUGCCGCUCCUGGGUGGAUACCUUGCCGAUACUUACUGGGGUCGUUUCAUGACCAUCCAGUAUGCCAUCGUCCUCGCCACCAUUGGUCACAUCUUGAUCAUUGUGGCUGCUAUUCCCUCGGUCAUCACCAAUCCCAGCGGCGCACUCGGCGCUUUCAUCGUCGGCAUUCUAUUCUUUGGCACCGGUGUCGGUUGGUUCAAGGCCAAUAUCUCACCGCUGAUCGCCGAGCAAUAUGAAAUGCAACACCCCCGCGCCGUCAUCGAGACUCUACCUUCUGGCGAGCGCGUUAUUGUUGACCCAGUCGUGACGAUUUCCAGAAUCUACAUGCGCUACUACUUCCUGGUCAACGUGGGUGCGCUCGUUGGACAGAUCAGCAUGGUGUACGCCGAGAAGUACGUCGGCUUCUGGCUGUCGUACUUGCUCCCCACUCUGUUGUUCUUCCUUUGCCCCAUUAUCAUGGUCAUCAGCCGCAAGAGCUAUGCCAAGCGUCCCCCGACCGGGUCUGUUCUCGGCAACAUGGCCAAACUUGUUGCGUUCGGUAUCAAGAAGGGCUCCAUCACAGAGUUGAACAAGGACGUCUUCUGGGACCGUAUCAAGCCCAGCCGUGUCACUGGUGCUGACCGACCCAAGUUUAUGGACACCAUUGACGACGCUUGGGUUGACGAGGUCCGCCGAGGCCUGUCUGCCUGUUAUGUGUUUGCCUUCUUGCCCAUCUUCUGGCUGGCCUACAACCAGAUGAGCAACAACAUGAUCAACCAGGCAGCCACAAUGCGCCUUGAUGGCAUCCCGAACGAUGUCGUCACCAACCUGAACCCCUUUUCGCUCCUUAUCUUGAUUCCCAUCUGCGACAAGCUGAUUUACCCGGCCCUCGCCAAGGCCGGCAUCCGCUUCACUCCCAUCAAGAAGAUCGCGUUGGGAUUUGUUUCAGCCGCCCUUUCCAUGGCCAUUGCCGCCAUCAUCCAGCACUUUAUCUAUGUCAAGUCUCCCUGCGGCUACAGCGCCUCGGAAUGUAUCGACCCACCCAACCCCCCUGACAUGAGUGUUUGGAUCCAAACGCCCGCCUACGUUUUGAUUGCUCUCUCCGAGGUUUUUGCAUCCAUCACUGGUCUCGAGUACGCCUUCACUAAGGCGCCGCGAAACAUGAGGGGAAUGGUCACUGGUGUUUUCUGGCUCGUCAAUUCGAUCAGCGCCGCCCUUGGCUUUGCAUUCGUCGGACUUGCUACGGAUCCACUUCUCGUCUGGCUGUACACCACCGUUGCCAUCGUCAGUGCGGUUGGAGGUAUUGCUUUCUGGUUCUGCUUCCGCAAGCUUGACAAGCGGGAGGAUGAGCUUAACGCUCUUCCCGAAUCCAACUACAAGGGGCGCCACCUUGAUGGCCCCAUGGAUGUCGAGAAGAGGGUGAUGGACGACGAAGCCACGCAAGCUGCACCUGCUGCUACGUCUGUCCCUGCACCCGGCACUGCAUCCGGGACGGCUGCCGAUGUCGACGCCGUGACCCCCGUGGAGGCCGGCAGCACCGAGAAGCGCCAAUAGCAGACCGGAUGACGUUGCACUUUGAAGCUGGAGGGUCCUGCUUGACCUCUUUGACUUCGUUUCGCUUUUUUGCUUCUACAUGCGGCCUGAACACUCGUAAUUACCCGGGGUGUGGCAUUUUGGGCCUUGACUGUUGUUAGUCUAGUGUCUUGGACCUGGCACGUUCACUGUUGCAAAAAAGAUUUCUGCUCACUUGAGAAUUAUACCCAAAUACCCAAUCUUUAACAAAUAUCUGUUUGACUGCUCC